AUGCGGAUCCCUACGAGAUCCUGGGGCUUCCGCGUGGGCAGCUCGCAGGAUGCUCGGCUGGCUUUAGGUUUAAAACAGGCCUAUCGCAAAGCAGCGCUGAAGUGGCAUCCGGACAAAGUUCCAGAAGCCCAGAAAGAGGAGGCCGAGCAGCGCUUCAUUCAGAUCGCUUGGGCUUACGAAGUUCUCAGCGAUGCCGGGCGUCGGCGUGCUUUUGACGACCCGCGCCCGCACCGGCAGCCUGGCCAGCCAAGCCAUGACCGAGAAGAUGCGAGAAAUCGGCGGGAUUUCUCCAUGGAGCAGGCAGCCAAAAUCUUCAAGGAUGUGUUCGGCGAUGCCUCAGCAGAGUAUCGAGACCUCAUCGAGCACCUGGCAAGAUCCUACCACCACGGAAGCCCGGAGCAGUGGAGACGUCAUGCAGAGGCAAUCCGAGCUUCUUUGGGCAAGGACGCAUCCGGAAAUUUCGACGUGAAGACAUCUUCUGCAGAUGGGAUGGAACACCUGGAGUCCACCCAGACAGUGGAGAAUGACGGCAAAGGAACUACCAGAAAGACCGUCACGACGAGACAUACGCACACCUCGCAUCAGCCGUCCGGGGCCGGGCCACUGCCCAUCCUGGACGCUGUUCACGGCCAGGCAAAUGCAGAAUUCGGAGCUGCCAUGGCCUCCCACUUGGCAGCACACGAGGCUGCUGUAAAGGCCGCUAACAAAGCUGCCUUUGACAGCUUGCCCAAGCACGGCGAGUUCUGA